AUGAAAAUCGAAUUUAGUCUCUUCGAGAAAUAUUCUAAUUUGAUCCAAGUGAUUAUUAGUGCACUAAACAUAGAAAGAAAAUAUUCUUCUACGAAAUUGUCAAAACAACGCGGUACAACCGAUAUCCAGUGGACUGUUAUUUUCUUAAACAUUCGAUCUCGUCCAAUCAUCUUUUUAUUGAUCGAAUGUUUGAUUACAAAGAAUUAA